AUGUGUCGGUCUUUUGCUCGUCUCCUGCAGGGUCUGUCUUUCCAUGUCAAUUCCUUGGAAGCUAGCCAACAAGGUCGACAUACGUCAUUGAGCAUCCCUGAAUCCGUUCCUGUGGCGAGAACCUCGCUCGCCCCAAUCCACAAUGCCUAUCAUGCUGCUCACUGCGCCCUGCAUUUCUCAAUCCUCUCCCGAAAAGGCCGUACGCAUCCCCUAAAAACAUCGAGAUCUGCCUCAUCGCGUGCAUAUUCGCAGCAUCUUGGCCCAGAAUCAAGAUAUUUGGAUCCACAAGCUAUGGUUACUGCAACUGAGACAUCUGGGCUAGAGGCGAAGCCGGCGGAUGUCCUCAAUGGCGACAUACCUUUGGCUGCGGGUCAGGCAGAGGCCUCACUGGAUCCAGAAUCAGAUGAAGACGUCCCCAUUGAUGCGGAAGAGCUAAAAGAGGCGCUUGGCCGGCCGCCUCCGGUGAACAGCAGCUACCUUCCCCUUCCCUGGAAAGGCCGAUUAGGAUAUGCUUGUCUGAAUACCUACCUCCGCUAUUCAACACCCUCCGUAUUCUGUUCUCGGACCUGUCGAAUCGCCUCUAUACUCGAAAAUCGACAUCCACUCCAAAAUCCCGACCAACCCGCACACACGGUCAAGAAUCGUCCAGACCGCAACCAACCUUCCGAAGUUGCACGCGGGCAAGCCUUCGUCGAGGGGCUCGCCUUGGCGAAUGUACGCGAUUUGGCCAAAAUCAUUCGUUGGAACGAUAGGUAUGGCAUCAAGUUCAUGCGAAUCAGCAGUGAGAUGUUCCCAUUUGCCAGUCACAAGGAAUAUGGCUAUAAGCUGGCGCCAUUUGCCUCGGAGGCGCUAGCAGACGUAGGACGUGUCGUUGCGGAACUCGGACACCGGGUGUCGGUGCACCCUGGUCAAUUCACUCAAUUUGGAUCACCAAGGAAAGAAGUGGUCGAGAAUUCUAUUCGUGACCUCGAAUAUCACUCGGAGAUGCUUCAGCUACUCAAGCUUCCUCCACAACAGGACCGUGAUGCCGUCAUGAUCCUACACAUGGGUGGAGUAUUUGGUGAUAAGGCUGCUACACUGGACCGGUUCCGAGAGAACUACGCCGCGUUGUCACAGGACAUCAAAAAUCGGCUGGUUCUGGAGAAUGAUGACGUUAGCUGGUCUGUUCAUGAUCUAUUGCCCAUUUGCGAGGAGCUCAACAUUCCUCUUGUCCUCGACUAUCACCACCAUAAUAUCAUUUUUGACGCCAGCGAGGUCCGCGAAGGCACCGAGGACAUCAUACCACUCUACGAUCGUAUAUCAGCAACAUGGUCUCGGAAGAAUAUCACCCAGAAGAUGCAUUAUUCCGAACAAACUAGCGGCGCCAUCACACCACGCCAACGGCGAAAACACAGUGACCGCGUCACUACCUUGCCCCCUUGUGCGCCUACCAUGGACCUUAUGAUUGAGGCCAAGGACAAAGAACAAGCCGUCUUUGAGUUGAUGAGAAACUUCAAACUACCCGGUUACAAUCUUGUGAACGAUAUAAUACCCUUUAUGCGGCCUGACGAAAACCAACCACACAAACCACCUAAAAAGUCCAAGAAAAAUGGGGCCUUUGUGGACCUAGAAGGCUCAAUGCCACCGCCGCGCACCAUCCCAGACGAAGAAGUCGGAAUGGGUGGACCGGAUGGCAGAGUCUACUGGCCCGAGGGCAUGGAAGAAUGGCUCCGACCGGCCAAAAAAAUUGUGAAGCCCAAAGCCACACCAAGCCCUAAGAAAGGCGCCCCCAAAAAGGCUAAGAUUGAGCCCAUUGCAGACGAUGUUCCCCAAGAUAUACCCAUCAAAAUUGAAACACCAGUCAAAAAGCCCGCGAGACGGAUGCGUCCGUCGACCAAGGCUCGCAACAAGCGGAAGGCUUCAGAGAUUGAAUCUACCCCAGAGCCUGAAGAGGUUGAAGUGACUGAAAAUACAGGAGAGACUGAAGAGGCAUCGGCGGAAUUGGACAAUGCUCCAGCUUCUAUAUCACCUUCUCGACGAAGUUCACGCGCGAAGAAAGUGAACUACGCCGAGGACAGUGCAUGA